AGUAAUACAGAGGGUGUUCCCUGUCGGACAUACGGACAGACAUGGCGAAAACCUAUGAUUAUCUUUUCAAGCUUCUAUUGAUUGGUGAUUCGGGGGUCGGGAAAACUUGCGUUCUUUUCAGAUUCUCAGAGGAUGCAUUCAACUCCACAUUCAUUUCCACUAUAGGAAUAGAUUUUAAGAUCAGAACAAUAGAACUGGACGGGAAAAAGAUCAAGUUACAGAUAUGGGACACAGCAGGCCAGGAGAGGUUUCGUACAAUCACCACAGCUUACUACAGAGGGGCCAUGGGCAUUAUGUUGGUAUAUGAUAUCACAAAUCAAAAGUCUUUUGAGAACAUAAGGAAUUGGAUCAGGAACAUUGAGGAGCAUGCCUCACAAGAUGUAGAAAAGAUGGUCCUUGGAAACAAAUGUGACAUGAAUGACCGGCGGCAAGUUUCAGAGGAUAAAGGGAAACAGCUAGCAAUAGAAUAUGGAAUCAAGUUCAUGGAAACCAGUGCCAAAAACAGCAUAAAUGUAGAAAAUGCAUUUUUCACAUUAGCAAGGGACAUAAAAGCCAAAAUGGACAGAAAAUUGGAAUCCUCAAGUCCAAGUGGGAAAUCUGGUGGGCAAAAACUUGUAAAAGAAGAAAAGCCUUCUGAUAAAAGACGGUGGAGAUGUGUUAUUCUAUGAUCACAAGGCUUAGAAUUCCAUGAACUUAAAGAAUCAGAAAAAUUAUAUAUAUUUUAAAAAACUUUUUGCCAACGUGACUCAGAUGCUGUAAUAUUUGUACUGUAAUGCAGGCAUGUUGUCUACUUAAUUUUGGAUGGUUAUGAGCAUGAUUUGUCUUGUAUAGUGGUAUUUUAUAAAGAUAUUAUAAUUAUAUAUACUAUAUACUGGACAGAUUUUACAAAGUUUUGAAGAGGUUUGGUGAGUGUGAAUUAGUUACAGAUGAUGGUAUUUGGUGAUUGUGUUUUGCUUCGAAUUUAAAAGAACAAAAACUGCUUGUAUUACCAUUUUCCAGCCAGCAAUAUCUUAGCAAACUCCACAGGUUAUUUUUAUUUUUUAUUUAUUUAUUUUUUAAUUUCACUUUACGAUGAACCUUGGUAAAGCAAAGGCUCUGAAUCUUAUGAAAGAUGUUAUUUUGAAUAAAAACUUUUACAAAGACCA